AUGGUGGACGGAGAUAUCCAAAGGGAAGGGCUACACAUCACCAAGCCAUGGGGUACUGGCGAGAUGAGGUUUGGGCAGGGGGUUGGGUCUAACAGGAAUGGAGAUAUGGAAUUGGGUGCUUUAUUGGUUCCUGGCAUUUGGUUGCAUUUCUCCUAUGACGGUGAAGCUGGCAAAAUGGCCGUUAGGAAUUAUAUGGCCAGUGAACCUCUAGAUAGAGUUUCAUAUGAAUCUGUCCGUACUGAUCAUUUAACUGUCCAAAGUGAAAUUGUUAAUUUACACAACGCCCUCAGGAGAAAAGUACAACCAACAGCCGGCAACAUGCUGAAAAUGAGUUGGGAAGAAGAUGCUGCAGCAAAUGCCAGAGAAUUGUCCAAGUUCUGUGAGGAAGGCGAGAGCAAUGCAUUUCAGAGGCGAAUUAAAAAUACUUUUUGUGGAGAAAAUACAUAUUUGACACCUUACCCUAUCUCAUGGUCACAAGUAAUUGGAUCCUGGUACAAUGAGUCUAAACAUUUUAAGUAUGGCAAGUGGGCACCAGCACAUCAAGAAAGAAGAGUUAGGAAUUACACUCAGGUUGUUUGGGCUACUUCUUACCUCAUUGGCUGUGGUGCAUCACCAUGCUGCAAAAGAAAGUUACCUCAAUAUUUCUAUGUUUGUCACUAUUGUCAUGAGGGAAAUGAUCCUGAAUUGAGGAAUAAACCUUAUAGGCUAGGAAAUCCAUGUAAAGAAUGUCCACAAAACUGUGACAAUAAACUUUGUACUAACCCCUGCCUCUUCUAUGAUGAAUACACUGACUGUAAGAUACAAACGAAAGUUCCUGGAUGCAGCCAAUUAUCAGUUCAACUGCAAUGCAAAGCCAGUUGUUUUUGUAAGACUGAGAUACUAUAA